AUGGGAGAGGGCGGGACGUGGAGGCAUGAGGGUUUCAAGGGGAGCUCGAAGCUCGAGGCGAGCCAGGCGUUGCGCCGAGGGGCUGACAAGGAAGGCCAGAUUAUCGCGCCAUCCAACACGGAGCUCAACGCUCAACACCGCGAAAUCUCGGAGCCCGUGUCCAUCGAGAAGAGCAACCGUAAUUCCUCGCCGUCAGCCUUCCCCGACUCAAUCGACCCGAGGCGCCCUCAGCCCCCCGCCAUGUUCUCCCGAGCUCUCAGAGUCCCUCGAGCGGUGCCGCUAUGUGCCCGGGCCCGGGUGCCGCUCACCGCCCGGUCUGUCACCACGGACGCCGCCUCUUCGUCCCUGAGCCACUCCGUCCCCAAGGCCGAGGAUGAGCCUUUCCAGCAAGACCUCAGGAAGAUGUACUACGACAUGGUCUGCAUCAGGCAGAUGGAAAUGGCGGCCGACCGCUUGUACAAGGAGAAGAAGAUCCGUGGCUUCUGCCACCUAUCGACCGGCCAGGAGGCCGUGGCCGUAGGCAUUGAGCAUGCCAUCACCAAACAGGACGACCUCAUCACUGCCUACCGAUGCCACGGUUUCGCCCUGAUGCGAGGCGGCACCGGCGGCUCCAUGCACAUGUUUUCCAAGGGCUUCUACGGCGGAAAUGGCAUUGUCGGUGCUCAGGUCCCCGUCGGCGCUGGCCUGGCGUUUGCGCACAAGUACAACGACAGCAAGACGGCAACCAUUAUCCUGUACGGUGACGGCGCCAGCAACCAGGGCCAGGUCUUUGAGGCCUUCAACAUGGCCAAGCUAUGGAACCUGCCUGCGCUGUUCGGCUGCGAGAACAACAAGUACGGCAUGGGCACCUCGGCUGCCCGCUCCUCGGCCCUGACCGACUACUACAAGCGCGGGCAGUACAUUCCGGGUCUCAAGGUUAACGGCAUGGACGUUUUGGCUGUCAAGGCGGCUGUCAAGUACGGCAAGGAGUGGACUGCGUCGGGCAAGGGCCCUCUGGUCCUGGAGUACGUCACCUACCGCUACGGCGGUCACUCCAUGUCCGACCCCGGCACCACGUACCGCACGCGCGAGGAGAUUCAGCGCAUGCGCUCCACCAACGACCCCAUUGCCGGGUUGAAGCAGAAGAUCCUGGACUGGGAGGUGACGAGCGAGGACGAGCUCAAGAAGAUUGACAAGGAGGCGCGCAACCACGUCAACGAGGAGGUUGCGGCCGCCGAGGCCAUGGCCGUGCCGGAGCCGAAGCCGUCGAUUCUGUUCGAGGACAUCUACGUCCGCGGCACCGAGCCGCAAUUCAUCCGUGGGCGCACCCCGGACGAGAACUUCUACUUUUCUCAAGCCAAGGCGCGUCAUGUUCAGGUCGCCAGCCAGUUUCGCGCGACUCUGGGGUACGUCAAGCCCAGGCAAGCCACGUUAGGUUCUUUGGAGCCAAAGGGCCGCGCCCAGCAGCAGACCAAGUUGACCUUUGCCACCAAGACGAGGCAGAACGAGGCAGCGAAUGGACAUGGCGAGGCAGGUGUGAGCACCAAGGGGAACUCAGACUCGGAGAAGGAUGGCAAGAAGCGAGCACGACUGGCCGACCAGGACACCACGAAGAAUGAAGUCGACGAGGAAGACGACGGGCCGGUGGUCAAGCGCGCAAGAAGAAGCCGGAAUCGGGUUAAGCCUGAGGAAGAGGAAGACGGUGUUGGGGAGGAAGGGGUCAACAUGGAAGAACAGCCUCCAGCUGUCAAAGGAGAGUUCAGCCAGUCCAAAACCGAGAAGGAAGAAUCGACAGCCGAGUCCGCGUCGGAAGCAGAGGAAGAUGCCGAGGCGGACGAGGAAAGGCCGAGGUUUCUGCUGCCAAGGCACGAGAAAGGCCCAGACUCGGCUCAAAACCAGAGCGAGCACCCCUUCCCGACUGGAAUCGGGGCUCCAGUGCCGUACGCCGCGCUUUGCCAGACAUUCUCUCUCAUUGAGAUGACGACGAAACGAUUGGUGAUCAUGGAGCAUUGCGCGCUGUUCCUGCGGCAGGUCAUGCGGCUCACCCCCGACGACUUGUUGCCCACGGUCCUCCUCAUGGUCAACAAGCUCGCGCCCGACUACGCUGGCAUCGAGCUUGGCAUUGGCGAGUCCUUGAUCAUGAAGGCCAUUGGCGAGACGACGGGACGCAGCCUUCCGGUCAUCAAGGCGGAUCAAAAGGAUAUUGGUGACCUGGGGCUGGUCGCAGUCAAGAGCAGGUCCACGCAGCCCACCAUGUUCAAGCCGAAGCCGUUGACGGUCCGAGGCGUUCACCAAGGCUUGAUGGGUAUUGCGACGGUGACUGGCAGCGGUGCGCAAAGUCGCAAAGUCGACGGCAUCAAGAAGCUAUUGUCAGCGGCCGAUUCUUGCGCCACCGGCAAGGUCGACAUCACCAAGGACAAGGGCGGGCCGAGCGAGGCCAAGUUCAUCAUCCGGUUUCUCGAGGGCAAGCUCCGGCUUGGACUCGCCGAGAGGACCGUACUGGUGUCUCUAGCCCAGGCGAUUGUCUGUCACGAAGCCGAUCAAAAGGACAAGGUGCCGACCACGACGGAGCUAGAAAACGGCGAGUCAAUCCUCAAGACCGUCUACAGGGAGGCGGCAAGCGGGGUGGCUAGCAUCUUUUCGCGAAACUCGGAGGAUCUGUCCAAAAAGUACCCCGAUAUUCUCGCCAAGCUCCAUUCCUGGGUCAAGCAAGACACGAUGAGCUUUGUGCUCGACUGCGAGACGGUGGCAUGGGACGUGGACGAGAAGAAGGUGCUCCCCUUUCAGCAGCUGAUGACGCGGAAGCGCAAGGACGUCAAGGUGGAGGAUGUCAAGGUCAAAGUGUGCGUGUUUGCCUUUGACCUGCUUUACCUGAACGGACAGCCCGUGGUGGAGAAGCCGCUUCGGGAGCGGAGAGAGCUGCUCCGAGAAGCGUUUACGCCCGUGGAGGGAGAGUUUGGCUUCGCCACGUUCAUGAACGGCCAGGAGCUGGAUGAGAUCCAAGACUUUCUCGACGAAAGCGUCAAGGCUUCGUGCGAGGGGCUGAUGGUCAAGAUGCUGGACGGCACCGAGAGCGGAUACGAGCCCAGCAAGCGCAGUCGAAACUGGCUCAAGGUCAAGAAGGACUAUCUGUCAGGCAUCGGCGACUCGCUCGACCUCGUUGUGCUGGGGGCGUACCACGGCAGGGGCAAGCGGACAUCGGUGUACGGGGCCUUUUUAUUGGCAUGCUACAACCCGGCGACGGAGACGUACGAAACAGUGUGCAACAUCGGCACGGGCUUCUCGGAGCAGGUGCUCGAGGAGCUGCACGCACAGCUGUCGGCCAUCACAAUCGACCGGGCCAAACCGUUCUACUCGCACUCGGGGGGCGGGCAGCACCAGCCCGAUGUGUGGCUGGAGCCGCGGUACGUGUGGGAGGUGAAGACGGCGGACCUGACGCUCAGCCCGCGCCUGCGGUUCCCGCGCUUCGUCAAGGUGCGCGACGACAAGAAGCCCGACGAGGCGACGAGCAGCCGGCAGGUGGCCGACAUGUACCGGAAGCAGGAGAGCGUGACCAAGAGCAAGGGGCCGGCGGUGGACGAUGACUUUGAACAGCUCUUUUCCUCUUCGCGCCCCGCCAGCCCCCGCGCGCCACGCCAAUGUGAAAAACGGGGCCUGAGUCAUCUUCCCAACUUACCUCCUACUCGCCCGUCCGGCAAACGCCAAUUUUUCGCGGGCCUUGCAGAUUGGUCCGCCAAUUGCUCGUUGCGCAACCGACAAGAUGAAGUACGUGCUGGUCUCUGGAGGUGUGGUGAGCGGCGUGGGCAAGGUAUCAUCGCUUCGUCGGCGGGGCUGUUGCUCAAAACGAUUGGCCUCAAAGUCACGGCUAUCAAGAUCGACCCGUACAUCAAUGUCGACGCCGGCACCAUGAACCCCAAAGAGCACGGAGAGUGCUUUGUGCUCAAAGACGGCGGAGAGUCUGAUCUGGAUCUUGGAAACUACGAGCGCUAUCUGGGCCUUGACCUUACCAGAGACAACAACAUCACCACGGGCAAGAUAUACAAGCAUGUCAUUGAAAGGGAGCGCCGCGGCGCUACCUGGGCCGCACCGUCAGGUCGUUCCCACGUCACCUCUGCCAUCAUCGACCACAUCGAGCGCGUCUCCAAGAUCCCCGUUGACGGGUCCGACUCGGAGCCGGACGUUCGAGUUGGGCGGCACCGUUGGCGAUAUCGAGAGCAUGCCUUUCGUCGAGGCCCUCCUCAGCUCCAGCACAAGGCCGGCAAGGGCAACUUCAUCAACAUCCUCGUCUCAUACAUCCCCAUUGUCAACGGGGAACAAAAGACGAAACCCACCCAAUACGCCGUUAAGAGUGUCCGUAGUGCUGGCCUCAUCCCUGACUUGAUUGCGUGCCGCUGCGAGCGACCCCUGGAAAAGGUCACCAUGGGCAAGAUUGCCCAGAGCUGCCAGGUCGAGGUCGAGCAGGUCGUGGCUGUCCGCGAUAUGCCCACCAUCUACCAGGUCCCCAUCUUGCUGGAGCAACAGGGCCUUCUCGAGCUCCUGCGCCACGCACUGGUCCUCGACAAGGUGUCGCUGACGCCGGCCCUGGUGACCAAGGGCGCAGAAGUCUGGAAGAAGUGGAACACAAUCAUUCCGCAGGAGCACUCGGAGAAGAUUGACAUCGCCCUGCGACCCGUCGGCUUCUACAAGGCGUGGCACCAGGUCUCCACCGCCGCCGGCAUCCUGGUCCCCGGCGGCUUUGGCCAGCGCGGCACCGAGGGCAUGAUCAAGGCGGCCCAGUAUGCUCGUGAGCGCAAGAGGCCCUUCCUGGGCAUCUGUCUUGGCAUGCAGAUUGCCGUGAUCGAGUACGCGAGGCACGUCUGCGGCAAGGCCAAGGCCACGUCGGAGGAGUUUGAUGCCCAGGCCGAACACCGCGUCAUCAUCUUUAUGCCCGAAGGUUCCAAAGACACCAUGGGCGGCACGAUGCGCCUCGGCUCGCGGGCGACGCACUUCCAGCCCGGCAGCGACCACAGCAAGCUCCGGGCGCUGUACGGCGAAGCCACCGUCAUCGAGGAGCGCCACCGCCAUCGCUACGAGGUGAACCCCGACUACGUCGACGAGCUCGAAGCGGCCGGCAUGACGUUUGUCGGCAAGGACGACUCGGGCAACCGCAUGGAGGUGUUUGAACUCCGACCACCCGUGGACGCCCUCAAGGAGAAGACGCUGGUUGUCAACGGGGCCCUGGACGGUACCAAGUUUUGA